UUUAUUCGAACGAAUUCCAUGAAUACACAUAGAAGAUAAAUUUACAAGGUGGAUUUCUUUGUAAAAAAAAAAACAAUUGAGAUAUCUGUUUCCGGCUGUUGUCCUCUGUCAAAAUGAAGAUCGGAUUGUGCGCAUACAGCGGGUACAAAAUUUACCCAGGCCAUGGGAAGACUAUGGUUAAAGCAGAUGGAAAGACAUUCACGUUCCUGAACGCCAAGUGCGAGUCGUCGCACCUCAUGAAGAGGAACCCCCGCAAGGUCACAUGGACCGUCCUCUACAGGCGCAAGCACAAGAAGGGGCAGGAGGAGGAGCAGGCCAAGAAGCGCACGCGGCGCACCCAGAAGUUCCAGCGCGCCAUCGUGGGCGCCUCGCUCACCGACAUCAUGGCCAAGCGCAACAUGAAGCCCGAGGUGCGCAAGGCCCAGCGCGAGCAGGCCAUCAAAGCUGCCAAGGAGCAGAAGAAGGCAGUGAAGGCAGCCAAGAAGGUUCAGGCCCCACCCAAGGCGAAGGCAGCUCCGAAAAGCAAGGCCUCGCGAGUACAGCCCAAGAGUGCUCCGAGAGUCGGUGGCAAGCGUUGAAGCUGUUUUUGUAUGUUGCUUUUGAAUAAAAAGUAUUUAUGCUAAA